AUGACGCCCACGCCUCCAUCGGCGAACUCGUCGCAUUCCGGCGCCUCUCCCGACCAGUUCCGAGUUGUGCGCAAGCGAAACCGAAUCCCCUUAUCGUGCGCGCCGUGCAGACACCGAAAGCUGAAAUGCAACCGGCAGUCUCCCUGCGACAAUUGCACAAAACGAGGCGAUACAGCCUCUUGUACUUAUGCUGCUCCUGCGGCGAGGAAGAAGGGCAGCCAGAGUCAAAAUGCCGCCAACGCCACACCUGAUGAUAUGCAGAAUCGGAUAGACCGGCUUGAGGGAUUGGUCCUGUCGCUCAUGACCAAUGGCUCACAAGCCGUUGGUCCAACUGCCGCCGCCCAGGCACUGUCCGCUGGUUCGAGUACGAUGGAAAGUGGAUCGUUAGGACCGAAUCUUGACAAUGAAUUGGAUGAGAGCGCGAUGAUGGAUGAUGCAGAUGGCCAAGAGCCCGAAAGUGAGACGGAUGGCGUGACCAAGAGCUUUGGAAUUCUAAAGGUCGACGCUGAAAAGCAAAAGACCUUUUAUGUUGGCGAAGCGCACUGGGCGGCUUUGCUCAAUGAGAUUGGGGAAGUCAAGAACUAUUUCGUCGCUCACAAGAAAGAGUACGAGGCGCAGAUGGAGAAGGUCGAGCAGGCCAGGAAAACCAUGGGUGCGGACGUAGGGUCAGGUCCAGCUUUGCUCUUCGGCUCUACUAUCCCACCCAGUCGAGCAGAGAUUCUCGCACAAAUACCAUCGCGAUACAUGUCGGAUAUCCUGAUCGGGCGAUAUUUCAAUACCUUCGAUCCAGCUACCCACAUCCUGCACGGCCCGACAUUUCAGCGCCAUUACAACCAGCAUUGGGCAGAUCCGUCCAAGAGCUCGAUUGUAUGGGUUGCCAUGUUGUUCGCCAUGAUGCGUUUAGCUAUGUUAUCUUAUGGGCGCGAAGGCGAUGAACCGCCAGAGUUUCGCGGCAAAUGUCAAGAUCUGGCCGCGAACUUCCGUACGCAAAUGGCCCACUGUCUCAUCACGGCCGAUUACACGAAACCACACAACUGUAUUAUCGAGACGCUGAUAUUCCACCUGCAUGCGGAAUAUACCUCCAACCGAGAUGCAGAAGCCAGUGUCUGGGUGCUGGUCGGCAUGAUUGCUCGUCUCGCCAUGCGAAUGGGCUAUCAUCGUGAUGCGAAGCUUUUCCCGAACCUGACCCCAUUCCAAGGUGAGAUGCGGCGCCGGGUUUGGACUUUUGUGCGCAGUGCCGAUCUUCUCUUUUCUUUUCAAGUGGCGUUGCCAUCGAUGAUUCGCAUUGGCGACUCUGAUACGGAACUGCCGCGCAACAUUUACGACGACGAGUUUGAUGAGGAUUCUGCUUCAUUACCCCCAGCUCGUCCCGCCAGUGAAGCAACGCCAAUCUCGUACAUGAUUGCGAAGGGGCGACUGUCGUUUGGUUUCGGACGAGUGCUGGAGGAGAUCAAUGGAGUCACCCGAAAAGGGUAUGAUGAGGCCCUCAAGAUCGAUCGUGGAUUGAGAGAUAUCUAUGAGAGUAUUCCCGAUCACCUGAAACUACGACCCAUGGCAGAACAGACGCUGGCGCCCAUCUCACUAAUCAUGGCGCGUUUUAGCCUCGCGACGGUUUACCACAAGUCUCAAUGUGUCCUCCAUCGCCGGUAUAUGCGGCUUGCCAGAAACGGGAACCGAUAUACGCACUCGCGCCGGCAAUGUUUGGACUCGGCCAUGCAACUGCUGAGUUUUCAGGCCAUUCAACACCAGCAGAGUCGGGAACGCGGACGACUGAGAAGUCUGCGCAACCAUGUGAACUCACUGACUGCACACGACUAUCUGUUGGCAGCAACGAUCGUUUGCAUGGAUCUUUACAAUCACCGAGAGCGGCCCGACAGUGGCAACAACGAUGUGAGCACCCCGAGUACUUCGGUUAGUGGCGGCAGUCUCAGCCAAGGCAGCAACAUGUCGUCGGAUGGAGCUUAUGUGCCCGGACUCAGCUACAACCGCGAAGAUCUGAUCCAUGCGUUGGAAGAGAGCCGCGAUGUGUGGAUGGCGAACCGUGACCUGAGCAUCGAGGCAUACAAGGCCAGCGAGCUUCUGAACGUGCUCCUUUACCAUAUCAAGCUGCCGUUUUCGCCGAACAACCCUCAAAACUCACAGCUGCCGGCAGGAUCUCAACAGCCUCAGGGAUCGAACAAUGACGAGCAGAACGCGGCCAUGACCCUGGGCAUGCUUCAAGCUGGAGGGGUGGGCUCGAAUGGACAGGGUGGAGGCAUGUCCCAGGCGACAUCACCUGGUGCACCGUGGGAAAAGGGAGGAUUAUAUCCUAAUCUGGGGACCGGUGGUGAGCAAUACAACACGGGGAUCUUUGGAGCAGCGAACGCAACAAGCCCUUUCCCUAGCGGAUGGUUGGGCGGCGCGAUGGGCAAUUUGGACCAGGGCAUGAAUUUGGACUGGGAGGCAUGGGAUCAAUACAUGCAGCCCUCCACUCUCACCCUCGAUCCAGCGGCGAGUUUGUGGUCUACUAAUUCGCCCAACAACAAUCUGUUCACGCAGACAUCGUCUCCUGAGAACACCAGCACGGACGCGACAUUUGGGAUGAGCACCGGGUCCAGUUUCUAUCCCCAGACCAUGGGGAGCAUGAUGAGCGGGUCGACACCAGACCUGUCUAAAACCGAAGGGCCCGCGCAGACCCAGCAGAUGCCCAGCUUGAGUGCGACUUCGACCACGGGUACGAGCAACGACAACACUGCUGCGGGAGAGGUGUUUAUGGGUGUGCAGAGUCCACAGAUCGCAAGUUGGAAGUGGACGGUGAUGAGUGACAAGAAGUGA